AUGAGUUCGUUGCUUUUUUUUUCCAUAUUUAUAUCAGUAAGUUCUGCUCGAAUUAUUAUGGAAAAUAUAUAUAAUGAAGGGGACCGAUUCUUUUUAUUUCCUGGCGAUGGGGAUGAUUUGCUUCAUCUAGUUGAUACAACCGAACCUGUUGAUGAGAAUGCAAUCGCAGAGUUUGCCCGUCAACCAAAUAACCACGGUUACUGGUUGUACACACGAUCUAAUCCUAUUGAAGCAGAAGUUCUUGUCCAUGAAGAAUCCGAAAUUCUUUUACACUCUCACUUCAAUUUGAAUAAAACAAUAGUAUUUCUAAUUCAUGGUUGGCUUGGAAGUGGAGACAAUGAAAUGAACCAAUUAUUAACAGAAGCAUUUUUAGAAGCCGAUGACGUCAAUGUUAUAGUUUUCGAUUGGAGCGAGCUGGCCAAUCGAAAUUACUUAACUGCUAAAUACGGAGUUGUAAAUCUAGGAAAAGGACUAGGCCUGUUCAUCCAAUGGCUGGCUUCUUUAGGAGCCUCCUAUAAUAACAUGCAUCUCGUUGGGUUUAGCCUAGGAGGACACAUUGCAGGAAAUGCAGGUCGUCACACUGGGUCCUUAAUUAGAAGGUUAACAGCAUUAGAUCCCGCUGGACCACUGUGGAAAAGAGAUAACAACCGUUUAAAAGAGACAGAUGCUCAAUAUGUUGAAGUAAUACACACAAGCAAUUUAUAUGGCUACAAGGAACCUUGCGGCCACGCCGACUUCUAUCCCAAUGGCGGCUCACGCAUGCCCGGUUGCUGGGUCAACUUGUGCUCUCAUAGCAAGGGUUACGAGUACAUGGCGGAGUCUGUGAAAAAUAAUCAUUUAUAUGCAAAUGAAUGCGAUAGCUUAAAAGAAGCGAAGAAAGGUGUAUGUAAAGGGAGUCUUUAUCCGAUGGGAAAUAAUGACAUGAAUAAGUCAGGGACUGGAAUUUUUCGGGUCGACACUGAA